AUGCACGACACAAUGAGCCACAUGGUCCUCGCCAUGGUCCAAAUGGAAAAGUCCUUUUCCGGAAACCUUCUGGACAAGACAUCCGUUCUCAAGUCAAAACUCGACAAUCUUGUCGGAAUCAUCGAGGAAGAGAACAAGUCGAGCAAGUUCAAAGAGCUCGUUGAAAGCGCGCGGAAGCAGAAAGCUGACGAAAACGAGCAGAUUACGACUACGACUACGGCGGAAACAACGACGCUGGAAAAUGAAGAAUCCGUGACAAGUGCUGUUUUUGAGCUUCCAGAAAUGACGCGAUUUGAAAAAGAAAAGCAAACAACAACGCCGAUUUCUGAAACAACAACAGCAACGAAAACAGAAACCACAACCGUUAUCCCUUUUGAAGAGCCGGAAAUCGUGACGCCUACCAAAAAUCCUCCAGCUGCGCCGGCAACAAUUGGCAUUUUGACGAGAACAAUGCCAAGGAUCGAGGAGAAAAACUCGACGGAUCAGCCGAAAAUGACUUCAAAGUUAUUUGAAAUGGAUGUUUCGCUUAGCUCAGUUAUUGGUUAG